ACUCGUUCGAGGAUAUAUAUGUAUAUUAUUCGAUCGUGUUUCUGUGCUUCGGGUAUGUAAUAAUGUCGCGGUAUUCUCGUCUCUGUGCAGUGUUUACAUCCUUGGGCCAGUGAUAAAACUGUGAAUUGCGAGAGAGCGAUCUUCUUCGAGAUCGCCACGAAGAAGCCGAUAUUGUUCGUCAUCAUCGAAGAUCAUCUCGGGGAAGAUUGAUACGUAUGAGAGGAAUGCGAUCUGACAAAGGGAAGAAACUAACACGUGAUACGUAGGUAUGUGUUCUCGAGAAUAAGCUUGAAGAUCCGUCCCCCUGAGGGAAGAAGAGACGUUCCUUGGAUUAAUCGAUCACGAAUCGGCGAUCGAAGGAGAGGUUCUAUCUAGAACGUCCCGCUUUCGCGUUCGCGAGCAUCUGCAGACGCGCAUUUCGCGAGGCGCGGCUCUCGGCAGGUCACUGCCCCCUCUGCCGGGUGAAGUCUUCUCUGGUGUACACUUGACUUUCAGCGGCGAGAGAAAGAGAGAGAGAGAAGGGGAGGAGGAGAAGAGCCGAGAUAAACGAAAGAAAGACACAAGCCGGAGGACGAGAGAGAACGGAAAAGAAAGCACCCACCACCUUUUGACAGCCGUCGAGAGAGUUUAAAUCGGAAUCCGAAAGGGUGGGGAAAAAGAAAAAAAAAAAAAAUGCGACGCGACGCCAAACAGAGGACGAUCUCCAAUCCUUGGAGGAUGUCGCGAUACGCGCAAUGAUGCGCCGAUACGUAGACGUGGGGGAUGACGACGGGAUUAUCGCCGAUCAUGAGGAGGAAGAACGACAGAUAGUGCGACAGAAUCGGAGCGUCCGAUUUUAUGUCGACGACGAAUCAUACCACCCGUGAUUUCGCCGGGAUUUCGCUAAGAGCAGGUGGGCGUGUCGCGGUGAGAUAAGAAGAGAUGAUCAUAAGGGGAUUGAUGCUUCUGGCCCUGCUCCUGGGACUCAUCGCGGAUCAACAUGGCGGCCGGGUCGUCGGCCAAGAGGCGACGGCGACGGCGAUGGCGGCGUCCAACGAUUACUUCACCUUGCAUAAUCUACCUCGAAGGUCACCGAUGUUGCCGCAGGACAGCGCCGCGACGAUGGGCCUGGCGAUGCAGAGCAGAACGGUGGACACUCGGGUCCAGCUCGAGGUCAGGGAAGGCGAGCCCAAAGACACCCUGGUCGGCACGAUACCGGUCAAGCCUGAUUUCACCUACAGGUUCAACGAGCCGCCCCAGGAGUUUGCGCUUGAUCCGGAAACAGGUGAGAUUAGGACAGUCAAGGUCCUCGACCGCGAAGCUCUGAGCAGCGAUCGCUUCGACUUCGUCGUACUGUCGAGUCAACCGACUUAUCCGAUCGAAGUCCGGAUCUUGGUACUCGAUAUUAACGACAACGACCCGGAGUUCCCGGAGCCUAGCAUCGCGGUGAGCUUCUCGGAAUCAGCCGUGGUUGGUACCAAGCUUCUGUUGGACGCCGCGACAGACCGAGAUACGCCGGAGAACGGCGUGCUGGAUGAUUACCUUAUCGUGAACGGUAAUACGGACGAUAAAUUUCGUCUGGAAGUGACGGGGAAUCUUACCGGUGAGACUUCGUAUUUAUAUCUCGAGACCACGGGCAAGUUGGAUCGCGAGCAGGUAGAAUUCUAUUCCCUCAAUAUUUGCGUGCGCGAUCGCGGUCAACCUUCGCGCGUAGGUUACUUGCUGGUAAACGUGACGGUGCUGGACGUGAACGACAAUCCGCCCGUGUUCCAACAGAGCGAUUACGUGGUAGCGUUAAACGAGAGCGCACCAGUCGGCACGAACGUUCUGACGGUGCAUGCCAUCGACAAGGAUUCGGAGGACAAUUCGAAGCUGACGUAUUAUCUACCGGACAACGAGCGCAAGUUCACGAUCGACCCGGAAGUAGGCACGAUCACGACGGCCGAGCCGUUGAGAUGUCCUCAGCAGAGCUGCACGGUAGCGCAUUCCGUUGGCAGUUGCCCCAAGAGCUGCGUCAUUACCGUCUUCGCUCGGGAUCACGGUUCGCCCAGGCAGGACGGUCGUACCUACGUAACGGUGAAUCUGCUCGACGCGAACGAUCAUGAUCCCGUCAUCAAGUUCACUUACUUCCCGUUGACCGCGGCUUUUGCCACCGUCGACGAGAACAGCGUCAAGGAUCAUAUCGUCGCCGCGGUGACGGUGCAUGAUGACGACGAGGGCUUGAACGGUGAGACCAUUAUCGAGAUUCGGGCUGGGAACGAGCUGGAUCACUUUCGAUUGGAGAAGACGCAGAACGUAUAUAUGGUGCGGGUCAACGGCCGGCUGGAUCGCGAAGAGAUACCCAAGUACAAUCUCACGGUGAUCGCCGCCGAUAAGGGCAUCCCGACCAGAUCGACUAUCGCCUAUCUCGUGAUUCACGUAAACGACGUAAACGAUCACGAACCGGUGUUUCAGCAGAGCGAAUAUUCGGCGGUGCUGUCGGAACUCGCGCCGAUCGGCAGCUUCGUUGCCAGCAUCUCGGCCACGGACGCGGAUUCCGGGUUGAACGCGCGGAUUUACUACGAAUUCGACAAUGGCAACGACCAGGGCUGGUUCGUCAUCGACCGCGACACCGGCCUGGUCACCACCGUCGCCGUCCUGGAUCGCGAAGUUAAAGGUAGCAUCGCGUUGAACGUGGUGGCGUUUGACGGUGGCCCGAACCCCAAGUACACGAACACGGAACUAAAGGUGACGAUCCUCGACGAGAACGACGAAGCGCCCCGGUUCUCCCAAAACGUCCUCGAAAUCAGGUUGUCGGAAAACACGCCGCCCAACAGUCUAGUAGCUACCCUGACGGCCGUCGACAACGAUCAGGGUACUAAUGGUAGCGUCGCGUACAGCUUUCAUUCCUGCGUCUUGCGCGAUUAUCCCAAGACUUUCGCGUUGGACGCCUUGACCGGCCAGUUGACGACCAAGAUCGCUUUGGAUCGGGAAACAGUAGCCGAAUAUACAAUUUUGGUGAUUGCGAAAGAUCAGGGUACGCCAGUGCAAUCGUCGACCGCUACUGUGGUGCUAACGUUGGAGGAUGUUAACGACAAUUCACCGGUCUUCUUUCCUUGGAAAUAUCUGAUGUCUGUCUCCGAAAAUGCUCCCACAGGUACGACGAUAGGUAGAGUGACGGCGACCGACGCUGAUGGGGAAAACGCUGAAAUAACAUACGUUCUGGAGUCUGGCGGUGAAAGUCUCUUCGUAGUGAAUGAAACAACCGGUGAGAUCGUUCUUGAAGAUUCUUUGCUGACUGUGCGUAAGACCCUCUACGAGUUGACCAUCUCGGCCAAGGAUAGCGGCGAUCGACAGGCAGCUCGGAACGCCGUGGUGGAAAUCAUUCACGAAGAGGUUCUGGAACACCUCGAGUUCGAAACUUACAACGGCUAUGAAUUCCGCAUCACCGAGGAUCAUGGCGAUUGCGACUCCACGUCCGGAUUCGGUCGAAAAAUUGGCUCCGUACAAGUCACGCAGUACAGCAAUACCGGCAACGUGAGCUACGCCAUUGUUCUAGGCGACUCCAAGGGCAACUUCAGGAUCGACGAGAGUACCGGAGUUAUCAGCACCGCCGGCUGUCUGGAUCGCGAGCGCGUAGCUUAUUACAGUCUGCAAUUGUCAGCCCGCGCCGAUCUCGCGUACGGUCAAACGACCGUCAACAUCACCGUGCAAGAUGUUAACGACAAUCCGCCCAGGUUUCCCAGGGGCGAGCGAGGCGACGAAAUCUCUCUACGGGAGAACGCGGCGGUGGGACAGGAAAUAUGUUUAGCUCGUGCCAGGGAUCGCGACGCCGGCGCCAACGCCAGAAUCGUUUACUCUCUAACGCACAAUCCGGGCGAGCAGUUCAGAAUCGCUGAAAAUUCCGGUAUCAUUUAUCUAAACAAGCCGAUCCGAGCGACACCCGGCACGAUCCUCCAUCUCGAAGUCACGGCGACCGAUUCCGGUGAACCGUCCCUGUUCGCUCAGCAUCAGAUCAAGGUGACGAUCGAAGACGUUAACGAUCACACCCCGGUCUUCGGGUUGACCAGCUACGAGAUCUCGUUGCUGGAGUCCACGCCGGUAAACAAGCGAUUUUUCUCGCUGACAGCUCACGACGUCGACCUCGGCGUCAACGGUAGGAUACUAUACAGCGUGACCGAUGGCAACGUCGAGAAUCGCUUCGGCAUCUUCCCGGACGGCCAGCUCUACGUGAAGAAUGCGCUCGAUCGCGAGGAACAGGACUAUUACGCGCUCGAGGUCACCGCGUCCGAUCAAGGCAGUCCUUCGCGAAGCUCCAUGGUCCCGGUGGUGGUGCACGUGAUCGACGAGAACGACAACGCGCCCGAGUUCACCAACAGCAGCUUCAGCUUCCAUCUGCGGGAGAACGAGCCACCCGACACCUUCGUCGGGAAGCUGCUGGCCACCGAUCGCGAUGUCGGCCGUAACGCUGAUCUAAUAUUCUCGCUACCUAGCAGCCAGCAGGACUUCGUGGUCGACCCGAGGAACGGUUUCGUGAGAUCGCUGCGCGUGUUCGACCGCGAACUCCUGGUGAGCAACACCGGCGGCAGCUACGUCACCUUGGAGGCCACCGUCACCGACAACGGUGUCAACCAUCUUCGCGAUCGCGUCAAGGUCACCAUUCACGUCACGGACGUGAACGACAAUGUCCCACAAUUUCAACGUUUGCCUUAUCGAGUGCAGGUGAGCGAAGGCGCGGUGAUCGGCACGCAGCUUCUGAGGGUAUAUACAACUGAUGCCGACGAGGGUUUAAAUGGUGACGUCUUCUAUUCAUUAGAAGACGGUAAUCAACAUGGUCAUUUCACAAUAGAAGAAGCUACCGGGCAGAUUUCCUUGCUGAAAGUACUCGAUCGCGAAACGUCCGAUACCUAUGUAUUGACUGUCGUGGCUCGCGAUGCCAGUCUGGAGAAGCGUUUAUCAUCCAGUGCGACUGUCCACAUCGAAGUACUCGACGAGAACGACAACGUGCCGCGCUUUAUCGACAUUAAAUCGCGAAUUUCCGUGCUGGAGACCACGCCGAUCAACACCGAGCUGCUACAAUUCAAGGCCACCGACAACGAUCUAGGAGCCAACAGUGAGCUAACGUUCGCCAUCUCGGCUGGUAACCGAAAAGACGCCUUCUAUAUCGAUCCUCUGACCGGUAUCCUGUAUCUGAGAAAGCCGCUAGACUACGAAGAGCUACAACAUUACACGCUCAACGUCACCUGCAGCGACGGUGGCCACCCGAGACUCAGCAAUGUUACGAGCCUAACCGUCCAGGUAAUCGACACCAACGACAAUCCACCGGUAUUUCCGAACACGGCGAUAGUGCGUCAGAUAAGGGAGGAUAUCUCGGUGCAAAUACCGAUCGUCAACUUCACCGCCGAAGAUCCGGAUUCAGGCGACAACGGGAUGGUGAGUUACUCGAUCCUCAGCCAGGAUCCUGAAGACCAGGUGCGACGUUUCGAUAUCAACCCGACGACCGGCGUGAUUUAUACCAUGUUACCGAUCGAUCGCGAGGAAAUAGACACCUUCAAACUGAUCGUAGUCGCGACCGAUCAAGCUCAGCCGCCGAGCGCUCGUUUGUCCGCCGAGAAACUGGUGAUCGUCAUCGUCGAGGACGUCAACGACAACGCGCCGUUGUUCGUCAGCAUGUCCGCGGUGGUGUUACCGCCUCUAGCGCGCGCCGGCAACCUGGACCACCACCGAUCCUCGUCCAAGGAGAUCGUGGUCACCCAGCUGAUCGCCCGCGAUCUCGACUCCAGCUCGAACGGCCUGGUGACGUACGAGUUGCUCCGUUCGAACGUCAACUACUCGGACAUGUUUCGGAUCCAUCGUAGCACCGGUCGGCUGACCAUGAGAACUCCACGAUCCGUUCCGAAGGGAAACAGCGAACGAAUCUUCAAAUACCAGGUCGGGGUCCGGGCGACGGACGAGGCUGUCCAGACGGAACGUCGCUCGUCGGAGACUUACGUGACCUUGAUCGUGCCGGGCGAGGACGGGGACGAUCAGCCGAUCUGGCAACACCGGGGUCAGAUCGAGGGCAGCGUUUACGAGAACGAACCGGUCGGUACCAGCAUCCUGCGUGUGAGCGCGCGCCCUCGACGCUCGAACGUCGAGCUCGAGUAUUACGUGACGAACGUGACUGCCGGCGGCGGCCCCCAGGUCGAUCGGCUCUUCGACGUCGACGCGAAGACCGGCGUGCUGUCCACCGCGACGAAGCUCGACCGCGAAACCGGCGUCCAGUGGUACGAGAUCGAGGUCUACGUCAUCGGCAUAGGCGGCACCAGACCCAGUACGACGUCCACCAAAGUGAGUUUACGUUUGGUUUUUUGA